AAUAUCUAUUGCGGCUCUCUCAGUCUCUCUCAAUAUCUUCACUUUCAAUAUACGACGCAUAUAGACGGUGUCGUACAGAGCGGAAACAGGGUUUUAGAAAUAAAGCCCGGCCCAACUAACAGAACCCAAUUCCCGCCAUUAAUGGGUCUCGCAUCGUGUCUCGAAAGCUCCCGGUUCUUAUUUCUUUCCUGGGGCUGUUCUUCUGUUUGGAGUUUCGCUUUCUAGCAGAAAAAUUGCGGAGAAAUUAGAGAAGAAAGAUGGAGAAGGAUUGCACGCUGUCAACUCCGUCACCAAAACGACAAUCUAUCAAAAUCCAAUCGCAUUUCAAUACUUACCCUCUUUGGAAAGACAAGUUCAGGGAGAAUUGUUUCAAAAGGAUUCGGGAAGACAGGAAUCGCUUGCUUUGGAAAAUGAGGUUGCCCACUACUAAAUCUCUCCCUGAGAAGGAUUUUAUUAAAUCUGCUUUCCAGGACAUAGUUUCUGAGGAGCUGGAAAGGAUGAAACACUCCUCAUUAGAUGAACAUUUGAAAAUCCCAACUUCUGCCCCUGAUGCAAGUGAUAUAUUAUGGGAAUAUGACGGUCUUCAUGAUACUUAUCAAGGGGAAUGUGAAGAGAUAUUGUUAGAAAUGCAACAGAUCUUCUAUGAGAAUAUUAGGGCAGAUUCAACUAGAAAAGAACCUGAAAACUAUAUUGAAACCUGGGAGGAUGAAGAAGAUGAGUACUUGGCUCGUGCUGUUUAUGAGCACAUGCAAUUGAAUGAUAAGCAGAUUUCUGAUUAUGAUGCUAGGUGCACAAGGAAACCUGGUGUCCCAUCUGUAAGCAAGGGCAAUUGCAAGAGAGCCAUCAACUUAUAUACUGCAAUCUUUGUGAACUUAAACUCAGCAAAGGCGAUGAGGUUAAUUUGGACAUCUUGCAGACUCGUCUGGCAGAAGCACACACAGAACAUCUUGAUCGGGGUUGUGUAUCGAAACCCAAGUUUUCUAUGGAAAAUAGAUUUGGUUUAACUGCAUUAUAUAUCUCUUGUGAGGUUUGCAAAAUAUUUGAUAUUGUACUGUAACUUCUUUUUCUUGUUUUCGAGGCUGAAUCAGUUUUGUAUGGCUAGCUGUUAUAGUUCUACAUCAGUUUUUUCAAUCUGUGGAUCAAUGAAAACUUCUAUUUAUACUGGCAAUUUUUUUUUUU